UUCUAUUCGACCUCUGCUUCCUUUUCUCCUCUAACAUGUUCAUUCAGCACUGCAGAACUUUAUCCUAGAACUGAUCAAAAAUCUCUCUCUAUCUCUCUCAGACACACAUACUCACGUACAUCUGCAGUGCUGAGCUUUAUACCAGAAGGUACAGAAGUGAUCAGAAUCUGUAAAUUCUCUCCCUCUCUACUUUCUCUCUCUAGAUGUGCAGAAAAUUCAUCUAGAACGGAUGCAAUUUUGAAGAAGUACCCAAAAACCCACCAUAAUUACGAGCGACAAUUGAGCUCUGAUGGGUUGCACGCAAUCGAAGAUCGAGAACGAAGAAACGGUGACCAGAUGCAAGGACCGGAAGCGAUUCAUGAAGGAUGCUGUGUCGGCUCGCAACGCCUUCGCGGCGGCGCACUCCGGCUACACCAUGGCUCUCAAGAACACCGGCGCCGCUCUCUCUGACUACGCCCACGGUGAGGUCCAACCCUCCCAAUUCCCCGCCUCCGCCACCGGUUCCCCUCUCCCGGGCUCCGUUGUACCACACACCUACGAUACCCUCCCUCCGCCUCCCCCGCCCCUGAACUUCUCCUCUCCUCUCCAACGCGCCGCCACCAUGCCCGAAUUCGUCAUCCCCGAACCCGAUCUCAAGCAUUCGGAUCCAAUAAUAGAAGUAGACAAUGAAGACGAGGUCGAAAAUGAAAGUCACAACUUGAGACAUAGAACUACUCGUAGUAGUGGUGGUGGGGGUAGGAGUGGAAUUUCAAGCAGAGAUGUGGAGGAUGAGGGUUUGCCUGCGCCACCAUCGCCACCGCGGACGCCACUGCAGAGUGAUGAUAGAACGCCGCUUCCACCUCCACCGCCGGACUCGACGUGGGAUUUUUUCUUCCCUCCCGUGGAGAACAUGCCGGGGUCUACUUUAGAGGAGGUUGAGGAGAGUAGAGUUGAGAGGGAGGAGCCUGCGCGGAAGGUGUUCGAGGAAAGGGCUAAGAGAGUUGAGGAUGAUGGUGGUGAUGGUGGCGGGAGAACGAGUGGAAAGGCAGAGGCUGAGGCCGUCAAGGCUGAGCUGCCACCGCAACCGUCCCAGUCUGGGAAGCUCGUGAAGAAAGUGAAGCAUGUGGCUCCAGCAGAAGGUAAGAGACCGGGGAAAGGUACAUCAAAUGUCAACUUAGUGCAGAUUUUUGGCGAACUCGAUGAUUGUUUCCUAAAGGCAUCUGAGAGUGCUCAUGAGGUUUCAAAGAUGCUCGAGGCCAAUCGGUUGCACUAUCACUCAAAUUUUGCAGACAACCGAGGACAUAUUGAUCAUUCUGCCAGAGUCAUGCGGGUGAUCACAUGGAAUAGGUCCUUCAGAGGUUUUUCUAAUGCCGAAGAUGGAAAGGAUGACUUUGACUCAGAAGAGCAAGAAACUCAUGCAACAGUUUUGGAUAAGAUGCUAGCAUGGGAGAAGAAGCUUUAUGAUGAAGUGAAGGCAGGUGAGCAGAUGAAGCUGGAGUAUCAGAGAAAGGUUGCUUCACUGAAUAAGAUAAAGAAACGUGGCACCAAUACUGAAGCUUUAGAGAAAACAAAAGCAACAGUGAGUCAUCUGCAUACACGAUAUAUUGUUGACAUGCAGUCUAUGGAUUCAACUGUUUCAGAAAUAAAUCGAUUACGUGAUGAGCAAUUGUACCCUAAACUUGUUGCACUUGUUGACGGGAUGGCUACAAUGUGGGAGACAAUGCGAGGAGAACAUGAUACCCAGUCAAAGAUUGUGACAGCAUUGAGAUCUUUGGACAUCUCCCAAUCCCCUAAAGAAACAAGUGAGCACCACCACGAGCGCACAUUACAGCUGUUGCAUGUUGUCGAAGCGUGGCAUUCACAUCUUGCGAAACUCAUGACUCAUCAGAAAGAGUAUAUCAAAGCUCUCAACAGUUGGUUGAAACUGAAUCUCAUCCCAAUUGAUAACAACUUGAAGGAGAAGGUCUCGUCGCCUCAGAGGCCUCAAAAUCCCCCAAUUCAGACCCUCUUGCGUACCUGGAAUGAUUAUCUCGAGAAGCUUCCUGAUGAGCAUGCAAGAACUGCUAUACAUAAUUUUGCAGCUGUCAUACAUAAUAUAGUGCAGUUUCAGGAAGAUGAAAUGAAAUUGAAGUAUAAAUGUGAGGACACCCAGAAGGAGCUUAACCGCAAGAAGCGGCAAUAUGAAGACUGGUAUAAUAAAUAUUUACAGCGGAGAACCCCACCUGAUGGGAUGGAUCCUGACAGGGCACUGGAUGAUGAAGUAGUUGCAGAAAAGCAGUUACAGGUGGAUAUAGUGGAGAAAAGGUUGGAAGAGGAGGUAGAAGCCUAUAAGAAGCAGUGUGUUCAAGUGAGGGAAAAGUCGUAUGCAACUCUAAAAACUCGGUUUCCGGAGCUUUUUCGUGCAAUGUCGGAUUUCUCUGUUGCUUGUUCAGACAUGUACGGGCACUUGAGGUCGGUUUCGCCCCCCCAUAAUCUCAAUUAGAGCUCAUAGUGAAAUAUGGUUUGUGCCCUAUACAACUAUAUAUAUAUAUAUAUAUAUAUAUAUAUAUAUAUAUAUUUUUUUUUUUUGUCGUUUGUUUCUAUCAAUUUUUAUUGAUAUGCUUGUUUUAUAUAAACUUAAAAACAUUGUUCUAUUGUAUUUUUAAUACCAUCGAUUAAAAUUAUAUCAUUGAGGAUCUUAUUAUUAUGAAA